AGCUUGGCCGGCGGAGGGGGAGGAUUGGCGGAGGAAGUACAAUGAGUCCGCUCGAUACUUCUAAUUACGGUCGGUAUAUAGACGAAAGAAAACGAGGCAGGCGACGACGGCGACGGAAGGGAAAAAUAACAAUAUAAUAACGAUAAUGAUGAUAAUAAUAAUAAUAAUAACGCCACGGCACGAUGGCACACGUCCUCCGCCACGCUCCAAGUUCCUACGUGCGGUGGGAUUUGAAUUCAGUGGUGAAAAUCUUCGGGAGUGGGGGGCAUUUUCACCUCAACGCAAAAAAAAAAAUAUUCGGUAAGUUGUAAGUACAUUAUGUGUGCAUAUAGUGGAUCCAAUAGUAUAAUUGGUAGAGGUUAUAAUAAUAGUUGUAUAAUUAUAUUGUUAAUGUGAUGAUAUUGUAUGAUUAACUCUACGUACUCAUAUAAAGCAGUAAUUGGAUAUAGACAUGUAUGGAAUAUUUUUGUAGAUGAUUAAUGACGGCUUGUCCCCCCAAAAGUAAACUGUUUUGCGCCACCGGUUUUAAUAAAACUAUUAUAUUUUAAUAAUAUUAUACCAAAGGUCCGGAAGCACGACGGGUUUCCGAUGAUUUGUCACAGGUCUCGUAAAUCGUAAUGGUCGACGAUCUGACACUCCUGGCCGACGACAAUCAUCGCGGAUACCGUUCGUCACCGUCGAUGUAUUUCAUUGCAAUGGAUGCGUUGACAGCGACUUUGUCUCUAUACUUGUCAUUAGACAAGGUACCUAUGACUUUAACUUUGACCGUGGUACUUAUACUUGUAUAGUAGCUGUAGCAAUGCGUAUAAUAAUAAUAUUAUGCACUCGACGUGCUCGUCUGAACCAUCUUACAAAAUUAAUACUGCGCUACCGAGUACCAAGUACGGAAUACUGUAUAGAUUUACUGCAAUCACAAUAUUACGUUCCAUAAAUCGUAAUAUCCAAUAUUAUGACGAAUAAAACUAUUAUCACAACUCUAUUCGUACGGUGAAAAUCGUAUUUUAAUAAUAAUAUUUCGGUUCGGUCUUUUUGUGGGGUGGGGGGGAGUGAAGGGAAAGGCGGACGGGGGCUUGUAUCGCUCAUAGUCGGAAUAAACGAAACCGAUUUUCUCAACCGAUCACGGCGCCACUGCCAGGACUUGUGCCUACUUCUACUACUACCACUGUCCACUACUCCACAACCACUUACCGGGUACUCGGUAUAAUAGGCAUUACAUACAGACCGCAAGUGCGUAUAAUAAUAUAAUAUAUAAAUCGCCAAACAGUGACUGCCACAGUGGUGUCUCGUCGCGGUGCGCGGCACACAUAUUGCACACAAGGCGACCGCGACGGUGGCGUCGGCGUCGGCGUCGGCGGCGGCUGCCGAUUUUCCCUGGGAGCACGACGGCGGCGCCGUGGCCGUAGUAGUAGACGUGAGUAUCGCGACCGGCCGGAGGGACGUCCCCCAGCCGUUUACACAUCGUCCGUGUUCUCCGCGGCCACCGCGUACGUAUACGACACCCGUGUUUCGCGCGCGCUCGUCCGCCGUUUCAGACAUCAACAAGUGUCGCCGUGCGCGCGACCGUCGCGUCAACGACUGCUGCAGGAAAGUCCAAAAUAAACGACGGCAACUGUCACUAUUGCGGAAAAUAGAAAUCGACGUGAAUAAUAUCGAUAUCUUUAAGAUAUUAUUGUUUCACAUUUGAAGUCAGUUUUGUCCAUUUCUACGGAGGAAUUAAAGACGUCACUAAACUAACUCUGUAUGCAGUAGCUAUAGAACCUCAAUACCAAAAUGGAAUCUGAGCCGGUAAUUGUGGUGGAUCAAGAAAACUGUUUUAAUGAAGAAGAUGAAGAUAUAGAUGAUGUGGCCGGAAAUGGGCAAGGAUGUCCCGAUACUCCUCCGCAGGACCCUUUUUUCCUGUCACCUUUUAGAGACAUGCGGAAACGCUCAUUACCGACACCGCAAUGCACAUCUGGAAUAACUGCUAGUCAAGUGCGGAGGUUGAGCGAUCAAGGAGCGGCCGGUGCGGCUGCCAGGGAACAGGCGUUCUUGGCCACGUUGACCAAGGCCCCGGGGCCCUACACGCCGGGUCGCCGACAUUCGGUCAUCACAAUAUCCAAGGCGCCCAUGCCGUUGUUUGGUCGCAACAGGCGCGAAUCAAUUGCAGCUUUCCCCAGCAAGGGUCCGAGGGUAAACCGCAGGGACUCGGCCGGUGGCGCCACGCCGUCUCCCACCGGUAGCCAGUUCAACUUGCAGCUGGACAUCAUGGACGACAUAGCGGACAUCAAGGCAGCGCGGAAGGUCAGGAUGAAGAUGUGGCAAACCGAGGACAAGGAAAAGAUGUGCGAGCUCCAGUCGAUGGACGGCGAAAACAAGCAAAUGUCCAGGUUCAAGGAGGCCAGAAGGUAUUCCAACAUCGACGUGUGCGAAAAAAUCGCUCCACCCAUACCAGCCCGGCGACGCGCAUCGGAGCUGCCUCCCAACUUGACGCCGCAGGCCGGCAAACCGUCGUCGUCGUCAACGGCUGCGGCCCAAUCGUCCGGGAUCGUGUGCACGAACACGGAUCUGCUGUCGAUAAUGAACUCGUUGAAGUCGACAGCCACAAAAGCGUUGCAGUCGACCACCAAAGGCGGCGGCCCGCGGCAACGGGGCAGCAGCAAGACCACGGACAGCCUGCCGACCGGCAUGGUCGGCGACGUCAGCGGCGGCGACCGUCGGCGAGACGUGCUCCGGACAGGCCGGUCCAACAGCGUGGACGUGGCCAACAUAGGUGCGGCGGCGGCCAUGGCGGCAGCGGCUGCGGGCAACAGCACCAGGAACUGGUUCAGGAAAAUGUCCACCCGGACGGCGACCGCUGUGUCGAUGGCGGCGGGGCAGCGGGGGGCCGACGCCGAGUGUGCAGAACAGCGUCUGGCCACCGCCGGCGGCGGCGAGUACGUGGUGCAAAAGUCACCCGUCGUCGUGACGUUUGCCGACGAACGGCCAAAGGUGUCGCUGUUGAUCGAUCCGUCGCCCGGUUGCAAACCGGAAAAGCACUGCACGACACCGCUGUCUCCGCCACCGCCACCACCGCCACCGCCAUCGUCGUUCGCCGACAAGAAACCGGCGCCCAACGGUGGUGACGUAGUGGUGUGGGACCGGCCCACCGGUUCGGUGGUGAACGCCGAGGUGUUGGGCACGGCCAUCGAGGGCUUCUUGGCCGCCAAGAAGUCGGGUGACAGCGCCGACGCGUCGCCGACCACCGACGGUGAGCACCACGAACACCCGUCGCAGCAGCAGCAGACGCCUGGCGGCAAGCCCGUCGCCAAAACGUCCGCCGACCCGAGCACGCCCGCCCGCACGUGCGACACGUCCAUCUGUUCGUCGCUCAAAGAUCUGUUCGUCAAAUAGCUAUAAGACCGCUCGUGCCGGUCGAUUCGCCUAUGUAAUUAACUCUAUAUUACGAUUAAUUACGACAUAUUGUUAUCAUGUUGACAAUGUGGACUACAAUGUUAUGCAUAUACAUAACCUUAUAAUAAUAAUAAUAUGUACCCAAACAAUAAUACUAUCUACCCGGUAAGCGAUCCCCACCCACACAUAUUAUACCGGGCAUCUUCCACCCACACACACACGUCCCCGACGUCGUCCACCCACACACACACGCCCCCGGCAUCGUCCACCCCACCGCGGCCUGCAGACUUUAGUUAUUAUCUCGAACGGUCUUGUUUUUUUCAUCGCAGUUGUUUCGAAAAUUUUUAUGAUUUAUGCAAGUAUGCCCAUAUAAUUUAUCUCGACGACAAGAAUAAUUGAUUUCAUCGUAUUAUAGGUAGAUGACAUCUAUAAUUACUGGUAUGGUGGUAUACGGAUUUAUAUAUGCAAAAAACACAAUAUGCUGCACGUUUAAAUCCACGCGUAAAUUGAUUAUAAAUACUAUAUUACUUACCCGUUUAUACUUUAUAAUCAAUGGUAUUAUAUUAUUGCAGGUGUAGGUGUUCCUAGUAUCUAUUUGAUAAAAAUAUUUUUCAAACAUUAAAAAUCACACUUCUCGUAUAGAUUAUUAUUAUUAUCAUUACUAUUAUUAUUAUUAAUAUUACUACGAAUCUGCACAAUAACUCGAAUCUCUCAUAAUGCUUCGACUCUUUUAGAAAAUAAUUUUUACCAUAUUCAAAAAGUGUACGUCUUACACGAUCGUAUAACCAAAAAUUCCACCACCGAGGCACGAGAGCAUGAGAGCUCGAUAUUUUUUUUAUGAGAACCGUAUAAUAUUUCAAUUAUAUAAGAAUUUAUAAAUAUGGAAUGAUAAAUGAUGAUAUGAUAUCACACCAAUGCGUUUAAAUCCGAUGACUGUGCGUCGUACGAAUAGGGCUUCUCGUGCGGUAAUAACUGACGUCUAAUUUCUCGAUACCCGUACAAUAUUGUGUAAAAUAUAUUCAUAUUUAUGUAUACGAUUACUUAUACGUCGUCCCUCGGCGUGAUGUACUGAUGUAUAAUGUAUAAGCGAUGAGGUGUGCGUACGACGAGGACGAGAUUUGAUACGGGGAAAAUCGUUGAAAUCGAUUCGCUGACUUAAGGUACACGCACGCCGAAUAUAUUUUAUGGUCGACGAUAUCGCAUAAUAUCGUAGUAAUAAUAUACUGCGUCAUACAUCAGCCCGUCAAUGUACAGAGCGAUUCACCUAGCAUGUUAGUCCAAAAUUUGAAAUUGAUACAAUAUUGGAUCGUUUGUAUUCAUUAUACAUGGACAACAAUAUUUAUAAAUUUCAAACUUUGAUAGAUUAAUAUACAUUACCACAAUUUACAAAUUACCAUAGCCACUCGUAUUAUCUAACAAACCCAUUACGAUAAUGGGUCCGUGGUGGGCCUAUUGUCCUUAGUAAACACCAAGUUACAUAAAUCAAUAACUUUAAUUAAUUAUAUUUAGAAUAAUAUAACUAUGAUUGAUUUUGGUUUUGAUACGUCGACGUUUUCAGAAAAAAAAUAUCAGCUAAAUAAUUUACAGUAGAAUAGGGGAGUUGUCGUUUGAAAAACAGGAGUCUGUAUUUUCUUGAUUAGUUGAUACGAAAAAUCUCGAGAAUUUGAACAAAAAUAUAAUAUUAUAGUGGUAGGUAUGUAUAAUAGGUGCCUACAGGUAUAUAUUUGAAAAUUCCGAAAGUCAUAUUAAUUUAAAUAACUGCAUUAUUGAAGAAGACAAAUGGGGUGAUGCUCAUGCUCGAUGAAUCGCCCCGUACAUCAUAUAAUAUUACAAUUAUACAAACCGCACAUAAUCUUCUCGUAUAAUAGGUGUCACCCCGUGGUAAUUAUACUUACAUCAGACGUGCGCGUUGUACUUGUGCGCACUUGUCAUCGUGUCGGUUUAAUAAUAUUAUGCUUAUAAUAAUAAUUAUAUUGCGGUGUGCCCGCACAAGAUUAUAAUAUUCGAAUAAUAAUAAUAAUAAUAAUAAUACGCCUUAUUGCCGCACGAUCGAAAUCACGCGGUGGUGCUGUUAACAGGUAGCUGGUGAACGCGUACGGAUUAUUAUAAUAUAUUAUCCGCAAUAAUCGUUUCGCCGGACAUUACUAAUCAUAUAUUUUAGUACAAUAUACAUAAUAAUUAUUGCACAUUGACGGGCCCCCACCGCUAAUCGUUACUGCGUUGUACGUCAUAAUAUUAUUAUCAUGGAUAGAUAUUUCGUAUUUAUAAUAUUAUACCAACAAUUAUUGACCGUAUAAUGCGCAAUGUACGUUUUAUAUAUAAUAAUAUAUACUAUAAUAUAGCCAUAUAGGUACACAUAACAUAUAAUAGGAACGAUGAUUUCACGCGGCGAUUGUUUCAUCUGAACCUACCUAUGCAUAAUAUAAUUUAGAAAAUUUAAAAUCACAACAAAGCAACGUAAAAAAAAAUGUUCACUGUUUUUUAUCGUUGUAGUUUUUUA